AUGCUAGAAGCUAAAUUUGAAGAAGCAUCUCUUUUUAAGAGAAUUAUUGACGGUUUUAAAGAUUGUGUCCAACUAGUUAAUUUCCAAUGUAAAGAAGACGGUAUUAUUGCUCAAGCUGUUGAUGAUUCUCGUGUUCUAUUAGUUUCAUUAGAAAUUGGUGUAGAAGCUUUCCAAGAAUAUAGAUGUGAUCGUCCGGUAACUUUAGGUUUAGAUUUAAAUUCUUUAAGUAAAAUCUUACGUUGUGGUAAUAAUACAGACACUUUAACUUUAAUUGCAGAAGAUACACCAGAUCAUAUUGGUUUAGUCUUUGAAGAUAAUAAAAAAGGUCGUGUUGCAGAAUAUAUUCUAAAAUUAAUGGAUAUUGAUGCAGAUUUCUUAAAAAUUGAAGAAUUAGAAUAUGAAACAACAAUUAGUUUGCCAUCUUCAGAAUUCUCUAAAAAUGUUCGUGAUUUAUCACAAUUAGGUGAUUCUUUAUCAAUUGCUGUAACAAAGGAUAAUAUUAAAUUUAGCACAGAAGGUGAUAUCGGUUCAGGUUCCGUACUUUUACAACCUUUUAUUAAUAUGGAAAAACCACAAGAAUCGAUUAAAUUAGAAAUGGAAUCUCCUGUCGAUUUGACUUUUGGUGCAAAAUAUUUAUUAGAUAUUGUUAAAGGUUCAGUAUUAUCAGAAACUAUUGGUAUUAGAUUAUCAAGUGAAGCUCCAGCUUUAUUCCAAUUCGAUUUGGCAAGUGGUUUCUUACAAUUCUUCUUAGCUCCAAAGUUUAAUGAAGAAGAGUAG